GGAAGAUUAUGACCGUAAGUUUUCUCGUGAUCGUGGAUAUGUUUUGGUAUAUCCAGAUGGUAAAUUGGCCAAUACUAUUCCAGGCAGUUCAGAAACGUUUACGAUGUGUAAACAUAAAGAAGAUCUAUGCAAAGCAUAUUCUCGAAUUACUUUGUAUCUUUGCCCAGUGGGUCCAUUGAAGGAAAGUAGUGGCAGUGAGCUUCCAAUAUCGGAAUAUUUUCAAAGUGAAUACGAGGUAGAGGACGAAUAUUUGGUAUAUGAUGAAAAUAAUGAAGGCUUACAGCCUUCAGAUGUCCAACUAGGUGCUGUUCAAAUUGAAGAUGACCAUGACGUAAUUCAGUCAUUUUCUGUGGAAGAUUUUAUGCCAAUGGGUUUUGAUGAGAACAAAGCUGUUAAGGAGGCCAUAAGAAAAAGCUUAUAUCAGCAUGAAUGUUCAGACAGUGGUCAGCAUGUUGAAAAUUCUAAUGAAGAAAAACAAAACUUAGAUCACAAAACUCUCAUGCACCACAUAAUAGAACAUGCCAAGGCUGAAGUUACAGGAGAGCUUCGGCAAAUUGUAAUCAGUAGGCUGAAUAUUUGGGGUACAACAGAACCAUAUUUCAGGCGAAAAGGCUUUUGAAACGAAAAGGCACACUGAAUGUCACAUUUGCUGCUAUUCAAACUGAAGAGGAAGAGGAUGCGAUUGAUAAUGGUGGUCCUCGGAGAGAGCUUUUUCACCUACUUAUCAAAUCAAUCAUCAAAGACAGCAAAUGUUUUUUAGGUAAGGCUAUUGUAGGUCAAUGUGAAAAUCAUGUGACAUCUAA